GUGAUGAACCCACUGAUAAUUAUCACCAAACUGCAGUUCUACACAGAGCUUUUUAGCUCCUUUUAGCUCAUUGUUUAACUUUUCUAGUACAGUUCAGUCUCACUGUCUGAUGAACCUUCUGUAUCCUAACAGUUACCUGUCCACCACCAAACAGACACAGUUAGCAACUGUGUUAAUAGUUCACUAGUUCAAUUAUGCUGCGUUCCAGACAACAGGAACCUAGCUAGCUAGCUAGCUAUGCUCGGAACUAAAAAAAGUCUGACCUCCUACCGUUGCCAAAAUGGCACCAAGAGGAUGGCACCCUUCUCUUAAUACAUCCAUGGAUGGCACUCUCUAACGUUAACGUUAGCUACCUUAAAAUUAAAGCAACAUAUAAACCCAUGAGAAUUAUCACCCAACUCUGAAAUUUUACACAACUUUUUAGCUUGUUUUAGCGUCUUUUUUGUUUUGUUUUAGAGCACUUUAAAUGUAGGUUCAGUCUCACCACUCUGAUUAACCUUGUUUCCAGCAGCAGGUAACAGUAGCUUUCUGUUUUAGCAACAAAAAACAGAUACAUCUUCUGUAUGCUAACGUUAACGUUUCAUGUCCAGCACAAAUGGCAAGUUAGCAUUUAACGUUAGUUAGCUGGUGAAAAGUCAAAAACAAGUCGAAAGCCACCAGCUAAAAGACCCAGGUAUAUUUUCCUGGAGUUUGUGAAGACCAAACCAGUGAGAAAUGGACAGUGAAUAUUGGACUUACUUUUGCUGGUGGCAAAAAAACAGGAUUCCAGUUUCCUGGUACAGGGUGGGUGGUUAAAGGUGUGUGCGUAUGGACACUGCUUAUAUAAGCCAUUUGGUGGACUGUCUGUGCAGUUCAUCCUGGUUUCACAGCAAGAGCAUCAGACAGCAUGACCUCACAGCGAUGGAUGCUGGCAUUCUGCUUUUCACUGGCCUCAGUUUUAAGCCCAGGGGAAUCGGUCACAACAACAGAAACUCAGAAAUACACUUGCAGGACAUUUGGCAGCGGGGUCGUCCAGCCUUUCAGCGGUUCAAGUUUCUAUGUUCGCUCCAACUGCCCAUUCACCCUAACCCGUUUCACCCACAACCGGGUGGAAUGUGAUAUCACCACACGGCGUGGUGACAACGGGCUGCUGGUCCAAGUUGAGAUCAUAAUCAACAAAGUCAGGACUGUUGUGCAGAAUGGGAGCAUCCUGGUGGAGAAGAAAAGUGUUUCCCUUCCAUACGACCACACCUACCAGCACAUCUUUCACUACGGCAUCUACACUAAACUGAAGAGCUCGCUGCUCCCUCUGUCUGUCACCUGGCACAAUGUACCGGGAGGAAUAGACUCUUUGUGGGUGGAGCUAGAUCAGGAGCUGAGCACCGACAUGACUGGACUGUGUGGAAACAACGUCCCAGGUGACAAGAAGCAGCUGGUUAAGGACAGCGUACUUCCUGAGGACACAUGUCAAACCCGAGAUCCUGUGUCCACUCUGAAUCCAGUAUGCCAGCACUUUGUUUCCAGACUCUUUGAUUGUCUGCCAAACAAGGCGAUUGAGCUAUAUAUCCAACUCUGUCAAGAGAACAUUUACGGCUAUGAAAUGAGCAAAUACAUCAGCUGCGCUUUCUUCAGUGAAGUUGUCCAACAGUGUGGAAACGACAUGGAUAUCAGGAAGACAUGGAGAAGUGUAACCAAAUGUGCGGAGCCAAGUUGUUCAGGAGACCUGGUUUAUGUGGAACAGGGCGCGGCCUUUGUUCCCAGCUGCUCAAAUCCAAACCCUAGAUUCUCCAACCAAGAACUCACCAGCUCCUGUGUCUGCCCAGAGGGCAAGGUGCUUAAUGAUCAGGCAGAUGGCUUCCAUUGUGUGAGUGUGUCCAGCUGCCCCUGUGUCUUUGCUGGUAGGAGAUACUCACCCGGAGACGUGCGCACAUCCAAGUGUCAGUCAUGUGUGUGUGACAGUGGGAAAUGGAAAUGCUCUGAAAACAACUGCCCUACCAGAUGUCUCAUUGAAGGGCAGUUUGUGAGAACAUUUGAUGGCAAACAAUAUGCCCUCCCCGGUAAAUGUACAUAUGUGGCUUCAAAGGGUCUCAACUGGACGAUAACAAUCAAGUUUUCUGAUAAGGCACCAUCUCUGGAAACAGUCACUCUUCUGAUUUCUCAGGACAUGUAUAUGUUUUCAGACAACAUGGUUAAAUUCGGAAAGGAGGAGAUCACUGAACUUCAUCAGUCUGAUCACGCUCUGGUUUUCUGGCAGUCCUCCAUGUAUGUCCAGGUCCACACAUCGUUUGGUAUGAAGAUCCAAGUCCAGGUGUCUCCUGAAAUCCAGCUGUACAUCACCCCACCCAGAAACCACACAGAGGUGAUCUCAGGUCUUUGUGGAAACGACAACAGUGACACCACAGACGACUUCACCACCAGCAGCAGGAUCAUCGAGAACUCUGCUCAACCUUUUGCUCAGUCCUGGAGUGUGGGUGACUGUCGGGUGAACAUACCCAGCACCUGUAUCAACACAGACAAUGAAAUAUUUGCUGAUGAAAAGUGCUCUGUGUUGACAAACCCAACUGGAGUAUUUGCUCCAUGCCAUGGUUAUAUCCCAAUUGAUCACUACCACACGGCUUGCAUCCAAAGAACUUGUAACUGUGGCAGCAGUCUGCCGCAGUGCUUGUGUGUUGCCCUGGGCAGCUAUGCCAAAGCCUGUGCCAAUCUGGGUGUUGUAAUUGGUGCCUGGAGGAGAGCCACCAACUGCACUUUGAAAUGUCAGAAGAACCAAGUAUUCUCCUACAACAUGCAAGCCUGCAACCACACAUGCCGUUCCCUGUCUGGCCCUGACCCUCGCUGUGGGCUGGAAGACGCUCCUGUGGAGGGCUGUGGCUGUCCAGAGGGAACUCACCUGAACCAAGGAGACACCUGUUCCACAAAGGCAGAGUGCGAUUGUCACUACUACCGCGGUACAACGCCCCCAGGCCCUGUUGUUAUCGACAGUCGACAGUGUGUCUGUGAGAAUGGAGAACUGGAAUGUUCUCAGGAUUGUGGGUGCAGAAAUGGGAAGGUUUGUGUUCAUUGCUCCAAGAAUGUUGUUAACACAGCUCCGAAAACCUGUGACAGUCUCAGCAAACCAAUGGGUGCCUGUGAGAGUGGCUGUUACUGCCCAAAUGACCAGUACGAAGAUCACCGUGGAAACUGUGUUUCUCUGUACAACUGCACCUGUAUGUACAGUGGCAAAGUAUUUAGUGCAGGACAGCAUGUCAAAACCAACUGUAAAACAUGUGUCUGUGGUCAGGGUCAGUGGGACUGCAAAGACGAGCCGUGUCCUGGGAAAUGUCAAGUUUACGGAAACGGACACUACCAGACCUUUGACUCCAAAUGGUACCGCUUUGAUGGACAAUGUCAGUACACACUUGUAGAGGAUGACUGUGGAAGUAGAAACGGCACCUUCUCUGUCAGAGUGGAGGGUGUCCCCUGCUGUGAUGAGGCGCUUACCUGCUCUCGCUCUAUCGUCCUCAACCUGCAGGGCGAGGUCACCCUGACACUGAGUGACAUGAAGGUGACCAGACGCCAUCAUGAAGGCUGGACUCUGAAGGACCAUUCCCUUUACUCCACACACACUGUGGGACUCUACAUCAUAAUCUCAGUGCCAAGCAGAGGGAUAACUCUAAUCUGGGACAAACACACCCGGAUCACCAUAGAGCUGCAUGAAAAAUGGAGGAACAGAGUGUGCGGCCUCUGUGGGAAUUUUGACUUCAACGAGAUGAAUGACCUACAGAUAAGUGGCUCAGCAGUGGUGUCCAGUCCCCUGGCAUUUGGCAACAGCUGGAAAGCCGCCACACCCCCUUGCUCUGAUGUGACCAAAGAGAUAUUUCCAUGUGAACGCAACUCUUACUGCUUAGCCUGGGCCCAGCGGCGCUGUAUGAUCAUUAAAGGAGACACAUUCAAAGAUUGCCACUUAAAAGUGGAGCCAGAUCCCUACUACCAAGCCUGCGUGCAGGAGUCCUGCUCCUGUGAGUUUGAAGGGAAGUUUCUGGGCUUCUGCACAGCUGUGGCAGCCUACGCAGAGGUCUGCAGCGACCAGAAUGUGUGUGUAAAAUGGAGGACACCUGAUUUGUGCCCGGUCUACUGUGACUUCUAUAACGAGCAAGGCCAGUGUAGCUGGCACUAUGAAGCCUGUGGUGAGAUGCUAACCUGCGGCAAAGACAACUACCUCAAUCACAAGUUGGAAGGUUGCUACCCCAGAUGUUCAAGGGAAGUGCCAUACUAUGAUGAAAAUACUGGUGAAUGCACUAAAUUGAAGAACUGCACCUGUUAUUUUAAUGACACUGUCAUUCAGCCUGGGGCAACGGUCAUGAUACAGACUAUAGAGUGCCGCUGUGUAAAUGGAUCAAUAAACUGUCAACCUCCAACCACCACCACUCCACCUACCACCACUUCCACCACUACACCUUACACCACUACUAUCACCACUACACCUUACAACCCACCAACCUUUCCACAAGUAGGGUGUAAGUGUAAAGACUUGAAGAGGAAAAAACACUGGACUUGCGGUGAGACGUGGACCGAGGACUGCUUUCAUAAAAACUGUACAGAUGGGAAGAUAGAGUUGACUCCGGUGGUUUGCCCAAUGCCCAAUCCAAUUCCAAACUGCCCCAGAGGCCAGGUCACAAGAGUCUCAGAUGGAUGCUGUGACACAUGGAAGUGUGACUGUCGCUGUGAGCUAUCUGGAGAUCCACACUACACCUCUUUCCAAGGUGUAUACUUUGAUUUCCUGGACGAUUGCACUUACAUCCUGGUGGAGGAGCAGUCCCCACAUCAUAAUCUGACCAUUGCUGUGGACAACUUCUACUGUGUGAAGGGCCUCCAAGGCUCCUGUGCUAAAGGCAUCAUCCUGAAAUAUCAGAACAACAUAGCUACACUCAGUAUCCUUCCCAAUAUGGUUAAGGCCACUCUGAACAACGUAACCAUUGAGCCACCAUAUGAGGAACAUGGGUUGAGGUUUGAGACCACGGGGUACAUAGUGUCAAUCUACAUCCCAGAGGUCCGCUCUUAUGUCUCCCUCAGUCCGCGUUAUAACCUGGUGGUCAGUCUGGCUAUGGAGCACUUCGUCAACAACACCCAGGGACAAUGUGGUGUAUGUGGUGGUGGAUCAUGUAUCCGUAAAGGAGGGAAGAUCGAGAAAGACAGCUGCUGUGAUAAGACGGCCUAUGACUGGGUGUACGCUGACCCGCUGAAGCCAGCCUGUGCUUCUGCACCAAGGGACAGACCUUGUGACUAUGUACCCCCUAUCCCAUCCCCUCCAACCCCCUGCGCUGCGACCAGACUAUGCGAUCUGCUAGACCACCCAGUCUUUUCAAAUUGCAGCAGGUAUGUGAAUCUGAACUCUACAAAGAAGAACUGUGAGUUUGAUUCAUGCAGAAAUGGUCCUUGCUCUUCACUAGAACAAGCUGCUGAUGAAUGCAAGAAGGCUGGUUUCUGUAUUGACUGGAGAGUACUGACUAAUGGAGGCUGUGAUGUGACAUGUCCAAAAGGAUUGGCUUACAGAGAAUGUCGUAACAAGCUGGAUGACUUCUGCGAUGGAGGGAGACAAUAUCCAGGAGCCUCCCUACAGAAAAACGAGGCUGGGUGUUUUUGUCCCAGCGGCCUCUUCAGGGCAGGAAAUCACUCCGACAUCUGUGUGUCUGACUGUGCCUAUUGUAAAGGACCACUCGGUGAGCCCAAACUGCCUGGUGAGGUAUGGCAGUCUGGCUGUAAUAUGUGUACAUGCAACAACCAGACUCGCACAGAGAAGUGUUUUCCAAAAGCUCCUGUGCCACUUGUCACCUGUGGCCCCAAUGCUGUGCUGGUAAACACCUCUUGCUGUGGUGAUCAGAUUUGUGUUGAGAAGACGUGCAGUUAUCAAGGAAAAACAUACAAGGUUGGAGACAGAUGGACGGAUGCCGCCCAUCCCUGCAUGUCAUAUAAUUGUGGCAAAGAGGGUAUUCAGACUGAGACUAGAGUCUGUCCCACAGUAGAGUGUCAGGAGGAGGACAGAAUUUGGGAUGAUCAACACUGCUGCUUUACAUGUAACCAGAGGUGUGCUCCAAAGGUGACCAGUAUCAGUGUUACCGUAGACAACUGUACCACCGUCAUGCAGAUACCUGUGUGUCAGGGCCAGUGUGUGUCUCAGCCCAGUGUUGUGUUACACGGUGAGCUGCAGGUGGAGCAGAAGUGCGGAUGCUGUCAGGAGUUGAGCUCAGAGAAGAGACCAGUAACUCUGCAGUGCUUUGACCGCACAAUCAGACCCUUCACCUACAAGCACAUCACCAGCUGUGAGUGCCGAGCCUGCAGCAUUCUGGGCUGAAAAGUACUGACAGCUCAGACUGGAAGUAUCCUUCAGAUUUCCAAAUUGAAAUCUAAUGUAUUCAAAUUUAAUGGAUUACUAAUCAAAAAUCCCUCCAAUUGAACAUGCUUUUUUCUAUAUUUAAAGCAAUUACUAAAUCUGUUUCCAGUCAAAUAAA